AUGGACUCAAACGAUGGUCUCGAGGACAAAGACAGUGGCCCUGAAGUACAGUUGAACCUACCUGGUUCUGUGAUCAGCCGGAUUGAGGAAUUAAUGGGAGGAACUGAACAGUUUGAUAGUGAAGAAUUUGAUGCGGUAGCCUACAUAAACAGGGUCUUUCCUACCGAGCAGUCUCUAUCCGGUGUAGAGUCUGCAGCGGCAAGAUGUGAAUUUCGUUUAGCAAGUGUCCAGCAUGACAUAAGGCGGCUAGUACGUGCACAACAUGACCAGAGAGUGGCUGGACAUCAGGCUCUUCUAGAUGCUCAGCAAUGUAUAGCAGAACUGGCUUUGCAGGUGGCAGAUAUAAAUAAAAAGGCAGAACGAAGUGAAAGCAUGGUGCGAGAGAUAACAGCAGAAAUCAAGCAACUAGACUGUGCGAAGUGGAACCUCACAGCAGCUAUUACUGCCUUAAAUCAUUUGCACAUGUUAGCUGGAGGUGCGGCAUCAUUACGCACCCUGGCAGAAAAAAGACAGUAUAAAGAAUUGGUGUUGCCACUGCAAGCUAUUAUGGAGGUGCUGGAGCAGCUGUCCCUGUACCGCGACAUCCGCGAGCUGAACGCGCUUCGUGAGGAGGUGCUCUCCAUCCGCGCGCACCUCGCACAGCAGAUACUUGCUGACUUCAAGGAGGCUCUCACCGGCAGCAGUAAGAGCAACAUCUCCCCGCGCACAUUGAGCGAGGCGUGCGCCGUGGUGGACGCUCUCGAACCGCACGUGAAGCAGGACCUUAUCAAGUGGCUUAUUUCUCUACAGUUGCAGGAGUACGAGCACCUGUUCAGUGCGUCGGAGGAGUGCGCGUGGGUGGCGCACGUGGAGCGCCGCUACGCAUGGCUCAAGCGGCACCUGCUUCGCUUCGAAGACGCGCUCGCGCUUGCUCUGCCGCCCACCUGGAGGCUCAGCGAGCGCAUCGCCAGACGCUUCUGUGAGAUAACGCGUGUGCAUCUGAGUGAGAUGCUGGCGGCGCGGCGCGGAGAGCUGGACGUUAAGCUGCUGCUCUACGCCGUACAGAAAACAUACAACUUCGAGCUGCUGCUGCACAAGCGGUUUGUGGGCACGGAGGAAGGCGCGGACGCUGCCGCCGUCAAGUCGGUACCUUUAGAUGAUGACGACAAAGACGCGGAGGAGGUGGGGCGAGGGUGGGUGGGGCUGAUCGGCGCGUGCUUCGAGCCACACCUGUCACUGUACAUCACCAGUCUCGACACCAACCUUCGCGGGCUCAUGGACCGCUUCAUACAGGACGCGAAGUCUCUGGACCCGGGCGCAGGAGCGGGGACGGAGGGCGUGGGGGUGGGGACGGGCGCGGGGGUGGGCAGCGGGGCGGGCGCGGUGAUGUCGAGCUGCGCGGACCUGUUCCUCUUCUACAAGAAGUGCCUUGCGCAGUGCGCCACGCUCUCGACCGGGGAGCCCAUGUUGGAGCUCGCGGGCGUGUUCGGCAAGUACCUGCGCGAGUACGCGAGCGGCGUGCUGGCGGCCGCGCUGCCCCGCGCGACCGUGCACAGCCUGCACGCGCUGCACUCGCUGCACACGCUGCUGCGCGACGACGCGCCCAGGUAUAGCAAACAAGAAAUCGCUAAAAUUACAAGCGUGAUUACAACCUCUGAGUACUGCCUUGAGACGACCGUUCAUCUCGAACAGAAACUGAAAGAGAAGAUAUCCCCCAACCUAACAGACAAGAUUGACCUGACACCAGAGCAGGACCUAUUCCACAAGAUGAUCAGCAACUGCAUCCAGCUCCUCGUUCAGGAUCUGGAGUUAGCCUGCGAACCUGCUCUCCAGACCAUGACCAAGAUAUCCUGGCUAAGUUUCGACAACGUCGGCGACCAAAGCUCUUACGUCACCCAAAUAAUAAUGCACCUCAAAAACACGGUGCCAAGUCUUCGAGACAACUUGGCGUCUUCUAGGAAAUAUUUUACGCAAUUCUGCAUAAGAUUCGCGAAUUCCUUCAUCCCAAAGUUCAUACAAAACAUAUACAAAUGCAAGCCGAUUUCUACCGUCGGCUCGGAACAGUUACUGCUAGACACUCAUAUGCUAAAGACGGCUUUAUUGGAACUACCCUCCAUAGGUUCAGACGUCAAGAGGCAAGCACCAACGACGUAUACAAAAGUGGUGAUCAAAUUGAUGACGAAAGCCGAAAUGAUCUUAAAAUUAGUGAUGGCGCCAUUAGACGGCAAUAUAGAAGGUUUUGUGUCACAAUUCGUUCAACUUCUGCCAGAGAGCACGCUGACGGAGCUACACAAAGUGUUGGAUAUGAAAGGAACGAAACUGUCCAAAGCACAGAUGACUUCCAUAGACUCGUUUUUCAAAGAAACGAUCAAAACUGUUCAAAAUGAAAAUAACAAG